AUGCAAAUAGUUGAAAAACCUGAUGGUUCCCUACGGAUCUGCCUUGAUCCUAAGCCACUCAACAUGUGUAUCAAGCGAGAACACUUUCUAAUACCAACCGCCGAAGACAUUGUGAGCCAAUUAUCGGGUAAACAUAUCUUUACUGUACUUGAUCUUAGUAAUGGAUUUUGGCAAAUGGAGCUUGAUCGUAAGAGCUCUGAUCUGACUACAUUUAUGACGCCUUUUGGACGCUUUCGCUGGAAUCGCGUUCCGUUCGGACUCAACAGCGCACCAGAAAUGUUUCAGAAGAAAAUGAUUCAGAUAUUCGGAGAUAUUCCGGGUGUUAAAAUAUAUUUUGACGAUAUAGCCAUUUCGGGAUCUGAUUUAGUAGAGCAUGAUCGCACACUUGCUAUUGUGCUGCAACGGGCUAGAGCAAACAACAUCAGAUUCAAUCCAAACAAGAUUCAAUACCGGCGGUCAAACGUUAAAUUCAUGGGCUAUCAUAUAACCAACGGCUACAUAUCUCCCGAUAUUAAAUACUUGGAUGCCAUCCUCAAGAUGUCCCGACCUUCGGACAAACCUGAAGUUAUGCGGCUGCUUGGACUAUUCAAAUACUUGUCCCGUUUUAUUCCAAACUUAUCGCAACGAUCAGCCAAGUUGCGGGAACUAACCAAGAACGGUAGUCAAUGGUUGUGGACAGCUGAUCAUGAAAAGGAGUUAGCUGAUCUUAAACGGUCCAUUACAACUAAGCCUGCACUCCGGAUAUAUGAUCCAAACGAGCCUGUUGUCAUACAAACUGAUAGUUCAAAAGACGGGUUAGGAAGCGUUCUUCUACAAAACGGCCAACCAGUCGCGUAUGCUUCACGCAGCCUCACCGCCAGUGAGCAGAAAUGGGCUCAAAUUGAGAAGGAAACCCUGGCUAUAGUCUUCGCAUGUGAGCGGUUUCACCACUUCCUUUAUGGCCGCGAAUUUACAGUUCAGUCAGAUCACAAGCCGCUUGAGUCGCUGAUAAAGCAAGACAUUGAUGAUGUGACUGCUAGAUUGCAGCGCAUGUUUCUACACUUGCUCAAAUAUCCUGGACUAACAAUAGUGUACACUCCUGGUAAGGAUAUGCAUGUCGCGGAUUGUUUGUCACGUGCUACUGUUGACGCUGCCGGACCAGACACACUUGGGUUAUCUGGAAUUAUUCACUCCGUCACUCGUCAAGUGUGUCUCUCUGAAGAGAACUACAAUCUCUACAAAAAUACGUUAAAAGGUAAUGAACGAUAUUCAAGGGUCGUGAAAUAUGUUGUUGAUGGAUGGCCAUCAUACCACAAGCUCGAUGAAUUCUCACAAACAUUUUACAGAUAUAAGGAUCAGUUACAUUUUGAAAAUAGCCUUUUAUUUAAGGAUCAUCGAUUAGUUAUACCGACGGAGUUACAGUCAAAAAUCUGCAAAUGGGUACAUGCCCCUCACCUGGGUAUCGAAAAAACAGUGGCCAGAGCCAGAGAGCAGUUUUUCUGGCCUGGCAUGACUAAUGACAUUAAGGAAGCGGUCAAGGACUGUGUCGUGUGUGAACAAUUUACACGAAAUAACCAGAAGGAACCACUCAAGCAAGAUGUUCAUCCGGAGUAUCCCUUCCAUCGCAUCGCAAUUGAUCUGUAUGAAUAUGCAGGACUUGAUUUUAUAGCUCUCAUUGACGCUUACUCAGGAUUUGUCUGUUCCGAACGAAUUAAAAGUAAAACUUGUCGUCAUAUUAUAGAUAGCCUUCACGGAAUAUUCUGUCGUUAUGGAUACCCAACGGAGAUCAGAUGCGAUAACAGCCCAUUUAACUCAUUAGAAUUCGAUAAAUUUGCAAACGACACAAACAUUAUAAUCAAGUACUCUAGCCCUCGCUACCCUCAAAGUAAUGGACUAGCGGAGAAGGGGGUGGCCAUAGCAAAGAACAUACUCAAGCGUUGCUAUGAGGCUAAUGAGGUAGAACUCUUUGCAUAUCGAUUGCUCGAAUAUAACGUGACACCCGUUGCUAACAUGCGAUUGUCGCCCGCACAAUUAUUCUUUGGUCGUCGUAUUAAGACAAAAUUACCUACCAGUCGCGAAACUUUGCUUAGAGAUCCGUUGGAUGAGGCCAUU